AGACCAAAUGAAGGAGUAUAAGGUAGUUGUGCUCGGCAGCGGCGGCGUGGGUAAGUCCGCACUCACGGUCCAGUUUGUGACCGGGACAUUCAUAGAGAAAUAUGACCCAACCAUCGAAGACUUCUACAGGAAGGAGAUCGAGGUGGAUUCGUCUCCCUCGGUGCUGGAGAUCCUGGACACUGCUGGUACCGAGCAGUUUGCUUCCAUGAGAGAUCUGUAUAUUAAAAAUGGGCAAGGCUUCAUUUUAGUGUACAGCCUCGUCAACCAGCAGUCGUUUCAGGACAUCAGACCCAUGCGUGACCAGAUCGUUCGCGUGAAACGCUUCGAGAAGGUGCCUCUCAUCUUGGUGGGUAAUAAGGUGGACCUGGAGUCCGAACGGGAGGUUGCGGGCUCCGAUGGCCGUGCCCUUGCCCAAGAAUGGGGUUGCCCGUUCAUAGAGACCUCUGCCAAAAGCAAGAGCAUGGUGGAUGAGCUGUUCGCUGAGAUCGUAAGGCAGAUGAACUACACCACUUUGCCCGAGAAGCAGGAGCAGUGCUGCACCGCUUGUGUUGUGCAGUGAGCUUCCUGGCCUUACGUUUACUCCAGGCACCAAAUCCCACCGGAAUCUGUUAAACCAGUCAAUGCAUUGAUGAUCUUAUGACCCUAUGAGCCACAUCUGUGCCACUGAGCCCCUUGAACUCUGAUACAUAAAGACAUUUGGCAAGGCUUGACCCAGAAGUAAAUCAAUGCGGAGUCUCUCCAAAUCCACAGGGGUCUGGAUUGCAGAGCACAUUUACAAUAUUUUCAAGUUGUCUUUUGGUUACCUGGAAACAAGUCAAGUCUGCAAAUUGGAGCACAGAAAACGUUUGGGAAUGGGGAUAUCUGUGACAGGGCUAUUAAUAGCUAUUUUUCUUAUAUAGGGAAAGGGUUAUGACGAGCAGGUCAGCCCAGGGCUGUCAUAGCCCUGAAGAAGCUCCGUUGUAAAUUUCCCUGUUUUUCUUUUAACAUUAAGUUUGAUAUCUAACUACAAAGCUGUUCCAGCCAUUAUGCAGGUUUGAGACCUCAAUAAUGUUUCUUUGGUUUUCGUUUUUUUUUAACGACUGGUAUGUUUGCUUUCUCUCCUAAUACCCUAUUUAUUAAAGUCUUUAAUUACCAUGAUAGAAUAAUAUUGCGUUUUUAUAUUCCGUUGGCUGUUUUGGCUUUUUGUGACUGCAGUAUGCAUUGUUUCUGAUGUACAGCAUUGAUGAUGCCUUAAAUAAUUACAGUCUGAAACCUGUGUUGUUGUUCCUUCCUUUCAUAUCAUUCCUCAUUUUCAGGAUGUCAUGUCAUUCAGCCUGUUUUGUUGGCUUGGCAGGCAAAUGUUUAUUAUGGUUUUAAAGCAACACUUUGGAACUUUUGCUCACGGCUCCCCCAUGUAGUUGAUAAGCGCAAUUGUCUUUUACCAGUUUCGUAAAUAAUGUCGCUGUGAUUGUUCACCCAGUAAUGAAAU